GUAAUUCACGGUGUACAUUUUUGGAAAAAACACAGUGGAUUUGUUGUUCUCCAUCUCCAUCAGUCCAUCGCCAUUAAUGUCCGUGCAGUUUCUCUCUCCUCAUUCGUCCCUGUAGACCGGAGGAACAAACGACGUCGCAUACUCAGGAACGAGAACGAGAGCGUGAGAAAAUAAUCAAAUCUCAAAUCGAACCCCGCCACCCCCCCUCCCUCCCCAACAAUCUAGGGUUUCUUCUUUCUUCUUCCGAGGGCACUCUGUCCGAAUAAAAAAGAGAAGGAACGACGCCGUACCAGGAGAACACGGAGCAGCAUGGAUCCAGUGCCGUCGAGCGCUGCUCAUGGAAACCUCGAUGAAAAUAUAGCUCAGCUCAUGCAGUGCAAGCCCUUGUCCGAACAAGAGGUGCGAGUGCUAUGUGAGAAAGCUAAGGAAGUUCUGAUGAACGAGAGCAAUGUACAGCCUGUGAAAAGCCCUGUGACCAUAUGUGGUGAUAUUCAUGGGCAGUUUCAUGAUCUUGCUGAGCUCUUCCGAAUUGGUGGAAAGUGUCCAGAUACCAAUUAUUUGUUCAUGGGAGAUUAUGUAGAUCGUGGAUACUAUUCUGUUGAAACAGUAACGCUUUUGGUGUCUCUCAAAGUUCGCUAUCCUCAACGAAUUACAAUCUUGAGAGGAAAUCAUGAAAGUCGACAGAUUACUCAAGUUUAUGGGUUUUAUGAUGAAUGCUUGAGGAAAUAUGGAAAUGCUAAUGUGUGGAAGACUUUCACUGAUCUGUUCGACUAUUUCCCACUUACUGCUUUGGUUGAAUCAGAAAUAUUCUGUCUUCAUGGUGGUUUGUCACCAUCUAUUGAAACACUUGAUAAUAUUCGUAGUUUUGACCGUGUACAAGAAGUUCCACAUGAAGGGCCAAUGUGUGAUCUUUUAUGGUCUGAUCCUGAUGAUCGUUGUGGUUGGGGUAUAUCACCUAGGGGUGCUGGAUAUACCUUUGGCCAAGACAUAUCAGAGCAAUUUAACCAUACUAACAACUUGAAGCUUGUUGCUAGAGCACACCAGCUGGUUAUGGAGGGAUUCAAUUGGGCUCAUGACCAAAAGGUUGUUACCAUAUUCAGUGCUCCUAAUUAUUGUUAUCGAUGUGGAAAUAUGGCAUCCAUUCUAGAAGUCGAUGACUGCAAAGGCCAUACAUUCAUUCAGUUUGACCCAGCCCCAAGGAGAGGGGAGCCGGAUGUAACCCGAAGAACACCAGAAUACUUCCUGUAAAGCAGCUCUAUGAAGAGAGCUGGGUUCUGUGCAGAAGCUCACACCAUAGCUGCUUAGCCUGGUGGCUUCUUAGUAAUUGACACUUGCAGUUCUGUUGUUGGUGAGAUGGCAUAAAGCAUGUAGAAAAGGACAGGUGAGACUUCUCUGAGUUGCUGUCCAGAAACCUUUCCGCAAUACAAUUAAGAGCCUGAAGCUUGAUUAGGGUUCCUGCGUAUGUAUCAUUUCAUGCGUUAGUUUUGUUACUCGUUCUAUUAAUUUCCUUCCAUUUUUCCGUUUCUUUCAUUCUUCUAGUAGGGUAACCAUUUUUUAACUUCUCUCCAGUACUUGUGUUCCUUAUAUAGCAUUAACGUCAGGUGCAUUCUGUCUUUAGAUGAAAGACCAGUCAUAAAAUUUUCUGUAUUGGGUGGUUUUAAACCCUAAUUUUUCUUUGUUGAUCUGUUGAUCCAUGGCGGCUGACCGGAAGCAAUCUCUUCUAGGUUUAGCCACCCAAAAAACAGAAUUGCCAGGUCUUUCUGCUUUGUAGUAUUGUUUUUUGUCUUUGCUGUUUGAGUAUGUAAGGCUACAACUUUGAUAAAUGAAAAAAAUGCUUCACAUUGUUGAUUGGAAA